AUGGCUUUUGAUAAGCUGGAAGGCAGUUUCAAAGACGACUAUAAUAGGCUUGAAGCUUAUGGUCAGGAACUUAGGCAGUCCAAUCCAGGAACCGAUAUGGUAAUUAACAUCUCUAAAGAUGCACUUGAACAAGGUAAAAGAAGGUUUUUGAGAAUGUACAUUUGCUUCAAGGUUUUGAAGGAAGGAUGGAGAAGUUUGAGACCUCUAAUUGGUUUAGAUGGAACAUUUCUGAAAGGGAAAUGUAAGGGGCAGCUAUUGUUGUUGAAGAUUUCUUUGGAGCUUAAAAGUGGUGAAGCUCUGACAUUUAUCUCUGACAUGCAAAAGGGUCUAUUGGAUGCAGUAUCCAAUGUUCUUCCAGAAGCACAUCAUAGGUGGUGUAUGAGGCAUAUAGAAGCCAACUGGUGUAAGAAAUGGAGGAGUGGUGAAGAGAAAAAAUUGAUGUGGUGGUGUGCAUGGAGUACUUAUGAAGAAGAGUUCAAAGACACCUUGAAGGUGUUAGGAAAAGUGGAUGAAGAUUCAGUUAGUGAUCUUCUUCAUUUUCCUGCAAUUAAAUACUGUAGGGCAUAUUUUGAUACUCAAUGCAAGAAUCUAAUGGUGGACAAUAACUGUACUGAAUCUUUUAAUAGUUGGAUACUUCAAGCUAGACAAAAACCAAUCAUUAAAAUGCUGGAGGAAAUUAGGUUGAAGGUGAUGAAUAUGUUGGUGAAAAAUGAAGAGAUGGGCAGGACUUGGCAAAAUGAUAUUAGUCCAGCAGCUAAGAAAUUGUACAAUGACUAUAGAUUAAUGGCUACCACUUGUACAAUUGAGUUUAAUGGAGAUUAUGGUUAUGAGGUGAAAGAUGGGGGAGGACUGGCAUACAGUGAAUUUGGAGUUGAAGAAAUGCACUUGUAA